UUGUUGAAAGCUGUGCACGUUGCGGAAGCGACGGUAUCGCUCCUUGUGUCACGGAACUCUCCUAGCCAUUGCUAUAAAAAACAGGCCCGCUAAAACAAAACAGGGAGACAGCCUGGCACAAAAAUAACUAGCGAAGCCAAGGCCAAGUGAGUGCUAGGGCUCAGCCCAAGUCUGCCGGCGGCAAGUGCGUUUGAAAUUUUUUGAAAUAUGCCCCGGGGUGCUGGGACGGCGCGCGAGUACCAAGUUCAAGACCGGCCAAAACGAGUGCCACAUUGAGGGUUCCUCCCUCCACUGAGGGAAAGCAAUUGUGCGCGUGAGAAUCGUAGUGUCGACUACGGAAAAACCCCCAGUGUCCGUGCAGCGCGUAUAUGGUCUCAGCUCCUGUAUCCCGUGGUGGGGCAAAUGUGAGCGCAACUAAAAAGUCAACAGUGAUAAAAAGUGAAAGCGGAAACGGAAACAGAAAGGCAGAGCGCCAAGGAACGAAGAACAGGCAGCGCCAGUGACAACUGUGAAAUGUGCGAUUGCAUUGUCAUUUUGUUAGCACUUUGACCCAGAUCGCAUCGCAUCCGAGGUGUGCGGCUUAUGUCUGGCAGUGGCCUAUGCAACGGCGUGGCAUGCAUGACCGAUAAGCCAGUUGUUGUCAGUGGCAAGUGAAAAUCGCGGGUGCCGACGGUCUGAUAAAUACAUACGGCAUAAGCCAACUCAGAAGAACUCCGUCAUUUGCUCUUUGAAGGUAAUUCUCGUUGGCCGUUCCUUGCAUCUCGCUGAGCAGCACCCGGAAAAAGUAAAGCCAACCUAGGACCAGAAAAAAGAAAGUGGAGAGCGGAAAACGGGAAAACAAGAGUCCUCAAUGGACAUUACGUUGGAAGCGAUUCAUCAUUGCCUCAACGCUACACCAUUGUUCAUGGCAACGCCAACAGCCACUAUAGCAAAUUGAAUGUAAUUUCAUAAAAAGCGGGUGUUAAUUUUUUGCCAGCCACACAAUACAAGAUAGAUACAGCCAGACGUGGCUUAAUGUGCUAACACGCAUUGACAUGAAAAAUGAUGGAGACCUCGUGUGAAGCUCCCUAAAGAAGCAAAGCCUAAAGAAAGAGCGCUCGGCGCCCAACGCGUUGCAUACAGCAGAGUAAGGCACCCGUGAAGGGGGAGGACGCAUUGUGUUGCACAGGACAACAGGCGGGCAAAGGACAUUAGACAGCAGACAUCGCAUUGACAGGCGACAGCGAAUAGGAAAAAAAAGCUCACAUUGGACCAGCUUCAUUUAUCAGCGCCGCAUCGCAUCCAACAAAGAGAAAGCAUCUGGCAACUGGCAACUAGGAACUAGCAACACCAAACAACAACAAAAACAGUAGAUCUGCCUCGCUGGCCCAGUGAGGCGGGUGCGGGCCGGAGAUGCCGACAUUGUUGCACGUUCAUUCAAAAAGCCAUUAACCCUAAUAAGCAGCCACAACAACGAGGCGAACCAUUCUGCUGCCGCCCAUCGAUGUGCCCCAUCAAUUCUGGGAUUUAGGAUCUAGGCGGUAAAGCGGCCAUAGGCGUAGACAGUGGUAGUAGUUGCAACGUCGGAUCGGAAAGGAACAGAAAGAAGCCGAAGGAACUGCCAAUGGUGCUGCCACGACUGCUACUGCCCUUGCGGCGACCCGUGCACCUCAUGGAGCUGCGCAUCCUGCUGCUGUGUCUGCCCACCCUACUUCUUGCCACGACUCUCGAGCCAGAUCAAAAGUCAAUACUAACAGAUAACGACUGGAAGAAGCUAUGGAUGCGCGGCGGAGUGGGGGCCGACUCAAAAUUGGAUAAUAAUCUUGACUCGAGUGACAGUCCAAUGUUCGAAGACAGCGAGCUGAUGGCGCACAACACAACCGUCCAGUUGGGUGGCACCGCCUUCCUGGUCUGCAAGGUCUCCGGCGUGGACAGAGUGGGUGUAAAUUGGAAUCAAAUAUCUUGGAUCCGCCGCCGGGACUGGCACAUCCUGUCGUCGGGGGCCCAGCUCUACACCAACGACGAGCGCUUCGCGAUACUGCACACCCCAGGAUCCAACAUGUGGACCUUGCAGAUAAAGUUUGUGCAGCGCCGGGAUCAUGGCAUGUACGAGUGCCAGGUCUCGACCCCGACUGGCAUCAUUUCGCACUUUGUGAAUCUUCAAGUGGUUGUGCCGGAGGCCUUCAUCCUGGGCUCUGGCGAGCUGCAUGUCGACAUGGGCUCAACAAUCAAUCUGGUUUGCAUUAUUGAAAAGAGUCCGACACCGCCCCAGUACGUAUACUGGCAGAAGAACGACCGUCUGAUCAACUACGUGGACUCCCGGCGUGACAUCACCAUAGAGACGACUCCUGGGCCCCGAACGCAGAGCCGGCUGAUCAUCCGAGAGCCACAGAUCACCGAUUCCGGCAACUACACGUGCUCGGCCAGCAACACGGAGCCGGCCAGCAUUUACGUCUUUGUUUCGAAAGGCGACAAUAUGGCGGCUAUAUCGCGGCGCAAGACCUCUUCGGCCGAUCGUCUGACGCACAUAUUUAGGUCAAUGCUGGCGCCCUGCCUGCUGCUAAACACGGUUGUUGUGAGACGCAUUCUUCUGACCUAAGGGGCAAGGGAGGAGACGGCAACUGGCAAGCGACGAGCGGAUGUUGGCGACAAAGAAGUCCUAUUUAAGCUAUUUCAGUGUUAGACCUAAACAAGCCAGACACACAGUUAAUAACUAAAUAACCCGAGUCUAGAAUAAUUGCUAAGCUAAGCACUGGAGUGUAAAAAUCAACGUAAUCCAAUCACAGUCGCAUAUAUGUGUAGCGUAUGUAUGCCAGGCAUCCACUCGUACAUCUAGACGUUUAGAUAAGUCCAAGUUUAGUUAUAACUCACUUUCCAUUGAUUGUGUACAGUGUGUUUGAGGUUGAAGAUUGGAGACAAAUAUGUAUGUGAACUGUUUCUUUAUUUGGUAAUGCGUUGAAUUAAGACAAAGUUUAAGUUUAAGUUUACGCUUAAGUUUGGGUUUGACAUGGGUAAUGUCAUGGGUAAGUGCAAUGAAAAUAUCAAAUGUUAUAUGUAUCCUUGUUUGAGCCAGUGAAAUGCUUUGCGUCUCUGAAAAUGGUUAUAUGCCAAUCGAAUCCAUUAAACGAGUUCUUUAACAAAUGCGGCAUCCAUUAAAAAACCAUUAUAACUGUUAUUAGUUGCUAAUUGAAAACUUAUAGUAUAAAGGACCUCCGCAGGCAAAGCAAGCAGCACGAAUUGCACUCUCUGACGAAAGUAAGAAGGACGAAAUAAACCCAUUUUAAUUAAUUGUGUUAUUAAGUUUGUAAAUACAUUUUAUUGCAAACGGCAGCGCAAGCAUACGUGCACACAAGGACUCACGCCGCAUUCAGCAAAAAUAUAGUAAUUCAAAUUUUGUAAAUAAAGAGGAAAUCAUUCAGCUACAACACCAGCAACCAAAAGACACAAAACCGACUGAAAAUGCGCAAUAAUAUUAAACGGGAUGAGAGGGUGCGGGCUUGGAGCGUGCGGAUGCUUUAUGGACUUUCAACCUGUCAAAAUCAUUCAGUAAUUAAUUUCGAACACUGGGAGGAAACGAGUGCCGGACCACCACGGCAAAGUGGACCGCACCAACCCACGUGCUGUACUGACGCCACUCUCCCAGCAAAGGGCCCUCGUACCCUGAAUGGAGUCUAAAUCAACGAAAUCCUUAAAGCGUCCGCAUGUCGAGCUUCCAUUCGGUACUUCGUCAUCUAUGGCAGGGCAAGGCAGGCCGGGGCAGCAAGAAAGUUGAAAAUUCAGCACUUUCUUUUAACAUUCCUCUGUAAUUCGCAAUCCGCAUUUCUUUCGUGCCUGUGCCAGCGGCUGCAACACCUCAAUCUAGAAACAAGCAUCUACGUAAUGAAUUAUGUACAACUUUUCGACUGUUUACGGAACCCGACUCCAAGGCUGACACCCCGCGGGGUGGCCAGGGUGGUCAGCAUAUACGAUAGAAUACAAUACAACAUAGAGGAUCUCCUCCGCCUCUUAUUGGAUAAUCAGAUUUAAGCCAACAUUCGUUUAUAAUCGGUACGUAAUUUACAAGCGACAAACUGUUAAACAAUACCACUUGAAGUUCGACUAGAUUCCUUAGUAUAAACCGGACAUAAAACCAAAAAUUAGGUAAAUGUAGUUUACUGAUUGUGAAACGUAAUAAGAAUAUUGAAAAUAUCAAAGUACUAACUGUGGAUUCGUCUCCUUGAUGUGUUGUAUGUGUAUGCGAAUGCCCCAGGUCCUUUGAUCUUUUGGAACAAGUAAUUUAUUGGAUUGAAUUAAAUGCAAUGUUCGGAGCAUUUAAUUGGUUCUCACUGUUAAGCAUUUCCACUGUAAAUAUUUUGUAUUACCAUAUUACCAUAUGUAUAUCGAAUGGCCGGUAAUGUCCGUUUGUUAUUUAUAAAGUCACAUAUGACAAAUGAAAUCUUAUAAUAGAUAUUGUACUCUCUGUAUGGACGAAGGCCAUAGCGAAACCUAACGAACAAACGAUUCAAAAUGAUUAAAGUGUUUUCAAUGUAAAUGCUCGUGCGCAUUAUUGUACAAUUUCAACUUGCAAACAUUUGACGAAUAUGAAUUUAAUAAUAGUAAAAUUACCAGUAAAUCAGUAAAUAAAACAUUGUGCUUACACACACACCCACUCACACCCGGAAGGGGGAAUAAAGGCGACAGGAGACACAACCAAACCAGCAAAGUAUGGAAACCAAUACGAAUGCAUUCGAAUAAAUCAAGUGAUUAUCAUGGAAAAUAAAUGUAAUUUAAACAAUAA